AUGACGAAGGAGCAGAGGAGAGAGUCACAGAAAUCGGUUGAUAGUGACUGGUUUGUCUGGGAACUCCUGGGAGUCGCGAUAUCGGGUGGUAUCCUAGUUGCCACAGUCGUCAUCCUUGCCUCGCUCAACAACACACCUGAACCAAAGUGGAAGUACAUGUCUCUCAACUCGUUGAUUUCCUGGUUGAGCACCGUCUCAAAGGGCUGCCUUAUAUCUGCCAUUAGCGGGGUGCUAGGCCAGUUGAAGUGGACAUGGUUCAAGCAAGCAUCGCGACCCCUACCAGACCUUCGUCAAUUUGACACGGCGAGUCGAGGAUUUUAUGGCGCUAUCCAGUUGAUAUGGAGAUUACGUGCUAGGCAUUUUGCGGUCUGGAGCUGCUUGGCUGUUAUCCUGGCGUUGGGAUAUGAUCCAUUUGUGCAGAAUCUAGUUCACUAUCAACAAAAAAUGGUUGUGGAUUCAUCAAAAACUGCUUUUGUGGCAAAUUCAUCCAUAUACAAUGCUUAUGGAUUUCAAUAUGUGCUUACGGGUAGUGGAGAGAACAAAAUGGUCGAUUCUGAACUCAAAUCGAAUGUAUACAAUUCUCUUCUAAACCGCGACCAAAAGAGACCUUGGGCCAUUCCUCAGUAUUCCUGCAGCUCAGCAAAUUGCACAUGGGGUGCUGUUGCAUCGUUGGAAACCCGCGCACUCUGCGCAAACAUCACUGAGCACCUCGCCAAGUCAUGUAAAGUGACCGAGGAAUAUGGCUUUUCAGAUACGAGCUGCAAUGUCACCCUCCCCAAAAGCAACGUAAAAGCAUCCUUUAAGGGGGUCACAUCGACCACUACAUUCAGUGCAUUCGUUAGCUCUGCAGUUGAUCCGGAUGCAGCCUUGGUAUUUACCAAUGCGACAAUGUAUCCAAUACAGUUUAUUACUCCCCGACUCGCAAAUAUCUCAGUACUUGCGGAUCCAAUUAUGAACCAAGGAUUGUCAUUGAGCGGUGACGCAUGGGAGGCAACGGAAUGCGUCAUUGAGCCUGUCGUACGCCUUUCUAGGCCCUCUGUCCGGAACAAUGUCUUCACCGAUGACACACUAGCGAUCUGGAAUACUGCGACUGUACCCAAUAACGAGACAGGAUGGUACUUUAAUCCACCCUGGGGAGAUGAUAUGGGUGUGCAACCUAACCAAACCUUUAUACUUGAGAGGGAAGCAGAAUUUGCUAUCAGGGCGUUUUUAAUGAACAUUUUGAGUGGCGGGUUCUCGCACAAUCCAUUACAUCAAUCAUAUGGAGCGACAAAUGACAAUAUGGGGUACGCCGCAUCCGACAUCCUUCAGGCCCUUGGACGGGAAGAUAUUGUUGGAUGUAGUAGCGAGUCAGCGAUCAGGUUGAGAUGCGCCAUGGAAAACAUUGCAGCAGCAAUCUCCAAAACCUUUCGAGACACCAUGUACAUCCAGGCAGCUUCGAAGCUGGAAAACUCGAACAUGACACCAGGUCAUGUUCUGACCAGUGUGACAUAUGUCUCGAUUCACUGGCAAUGGAUUGUAUUACCCGUACUUGUUUGGAUACUCGGGGCUGUCGCGCUGGUAGGGACUUUCUGGAAGACACGGCGGAUGCGAGUGCCCAAGUGGAGGAAUGAUCCAUUGCCUUUACUAUUUCUUUAUCGGCAUGAGACCGGUGAUGCACAGAGAUAUGAAUUACUUGAACAGAUUGAUUCUGGCGAGCUAAAUACCCUGCGUGGAAGGCUGCACGACGUUGACGGAAACUUAAAUAUAGGAUGA